AUGGAAGAAGGAAGUAAGGAAAUGCGGAGAAAGAAAGAGAAAGAGAAAGAAUGUGAUGCGGUGCGUGCGAGCGAGCGAGGGAAUGGAACCAAAAGCGGAGUGCUUAUGGAAAUGGGGCCCAAAUGCCCAUUCCAAUAUGAAGGAUCCGAUCCUAUCCGAUCACAUCAUCUGCAUUCUAUUCUACUUGGCACACCGUCUGUUGCACUGCAACUGCAGUAUGCCUCAUUUGAUCACCGCUUCUCGUCUCUCUGUCGUAUCUUUAAUGUACGUUCUUCUUCCUCCUGA